UUAUUUUAAUAUUUUUUAAGGUUUUUAUUUGCUGGAGCUGUUUCGUGCGACAUCUCGCUAUUUAUCUCUCUAAUUCAUUUUCUUCUUCCGUCGUCAUUUUUUCGUUCUCUCGCUCGCUAGAAUCUAUUGGGAGCUGCUGCCAUUCAACGAAUAAACCUCUCUCUCUCUGCUCUUUCCUCCACCAUCAACAGUUUGAAGGAAGCUUUGAAGAAAAAUCUGUACUGGGGAAUGACAGAGACUGUUAAUGAAGAUUCUGGAGUGGGGCGAUCAGUAGAGGCGAGUUCUAAUGGACACCACAGUCUAUCAGGAGAAUCACUCUCACUCUCUAAGUGGCGGUCUUCUGCUCAGGUUGAGAAUGGGACGCCUUCCACAUCCCUCUCUUACUGGGACACCGAUGAUGAUGAAGACCACGGCCUUAAACCCUCUCAGUUAUUUGGGAAACACAAAUGGAAGAUAGAGAAAUUCUCAGAAAUCAAGAAAAGGGAGCUCCGUAGCAAUUAUUUUGAAGCUGGCGGCUACAAAUGGUACAUUUUAAUUUAUCCACAAGGAUGUGAUGUUUGCAAUCAUCUCUCCUUGUUUCUCUGUGUUGCAAACCAUGAUAAACUUCUUCCAGGCUGGAGUCAUUUCGCUCAGUUUACCAUAGCUGUGGUGAAUAAAGAUCCAAAGAAAUCCAAAUUUUCAGAUACGCUUCACCGGUUUUGGAAGAAGGAGCAUGAUUGGGGAUGGAAAAAGUUUAUGGAGUCAACUAAGUUACAGGAUGGGUUCAUAGAUGAUUCCGACUCUCUUACAAUUGAAGCUCAAGUUCAGGUGAUCAGGGAAAGGGUGGACCGACCUUUUCGCUGCCUUCACUGCGGUUAUAGGAGAGAGCUUGUUAGGGUGUAUUUGUCAAACGUAGAGCAAAGUUGCCGACGUUUUGUGGAAGAGAAAAGAAGCAAGCUUGGGAGGUUGAUAGAGGACAAGGCAAAAUGGACGAGCUUCGGUGUUUUCUGGUUAGGGAUGGACCAAAACUCUAGGCAUCGGAUGUCUAGAGAGAAAAUGGAUGUAAUCCUAAAAGGAAUUGUAAAACACUUUUUCAUAGAGAAGGAAGUUACAUCCACUUUGGUGAUGGAUUCCUUGUAUAGUGGGUUGAAGGCUCUUGAAGGCCAAUCUAAGAGCAAGAAAGCUAGGCCAAGAUCGUUAGAUGCCAAGGAAUGCCCAGCUCCGAUUGUUAGUGUGGACAAAGAUAUGUUCGUAUUAGUUGAUGAUGUGCUAUUACUCUUAGAGAGAGCUGCUCUAGAACCGUUGCCUCCAAAAGAAAAUAAAGCCCCCCAAAACCGUACAAAGGAUGGCAAUGAUGGAGAAGAGGUCAGCAAUGAAGCCGUUGAGCGUGAUGAGAGACAUCUAACUGAGUUGGGCAGACGAGCUGUGGAGAUAUUUGUUCUUACCCAUAUAUUCAACAGCAAAAUCGAGGUUGCAUAUAAAGAAGCCAUUGCGCUAAAAAGGCAGGAAGACUUAAUUCGUGAGGAAGAGGAAGAGUGGUUAGCAGAAACCGAACAGAGAGCCAAAAGAGGAGCAGCAGAGAGAGAGAAGAAAUCUAAGAAGAAACAGGCAAAGCAGAAACGGAACAAAAAUAAAGGGAAGGACAAAAAGAAGGAAGAAAAGGUGACAUUAGCAACACAUGGAAAGGAUCUCGAGGAAAACCACCAUGAUGAGGAGGAAAAUGAUUCUGUUACAGAGAAAGCACAACCCUCAGCUGAAAAGACUGAUACUCUUGAAGAAGUGUCCGACAUAUCUGACUCCGUGGAUGGUUCGGCUGACAUUCUUCACCCUGAUUUAGAAGAUGGGGACAGUAGUUCUGUUCAUUGGGAUGCCGAUGCUUUGGAAAUUCAUCCUCCUCCAUCAGAAGGGAGCAGCAUUUCCAUAUCUACACCCAAUGGAAUUGCGGAAAGAAAGACUCAGUCUACUAUGGAUGAUAGUUCCUCGACUUGUUCUAACGAUUCUAUCCGGUCAGGUGUUACCAACGGCUCUUACAAAGGGAAUAUGUUGAAUUUCCGAAACCAGAAGUCGCCAAACCAAGGUAAGAACCAGCAAGUAAAAAUAACAUCUGAUACCCGCAGUUUAGUGACUGAACCAGAUGAUGAUCAACCAAAGAGUCAGAAUUCUUCUUCCGAAUCUGACUGGGUUGUUGUCUCCCAUAUCCAGGAAUUAGAGAGCUCUCGGAAUCGUAGACCCGUGGAGAAGCAACGCAACGUGGCUCAAGUCGUUGUGAACUCGGUUCACAUGGAUCGACCUGAAAAGAAAAGCGCUGCUGUGCUUUCUUCUCCAAGAACUGCUGCUAAGAAUCCUUCAUCAUUAACUCAGACAAAACUGGAGAAAAGGAGCGUUUCAAACGCAGACGCUGUUCCAAACAAGAAAGUAAUGUCAGCUACUGGACCACCUUCAUCAAGUCAGGUGUCGCCGGCAUCUUCAGAUAGUCAGUCGCAAGCUGGUGGUCUCAAAGCUGAUAUGCAAAAGAUCUCUGCUCCAAAACAACCUGCAACAACAACAAUUGUAACAAGGCCUUUUAGUGCUCCAAUAAUCCCUGCGAUGCGACCCGCCCCUGUUAUCGUCUCCUCCUCGGUUCAACCAACAACAUCCCUUCCUCGGUCUGUUAGCUCAGCUGGUCGUCUAGGUCCUGACUCUUCACUACGCAACCAACAAUCUUACACUCCUCAAUCCUAUAAACACGCCAUAGUUGGUAACUCUCCUGGUUCGUCAUCUAGUUUCAACCACCACCCAAGCUCUCAUGGAGUUGUCCCAACCACAUUGCCGUCAGCAUCUUACACACAAACACCGGCUUAUCAGUCGUCAAGCUUCCCUUUCGGUCAGGAUGGGUCCUUUCGAUCAAGGAGUUUUAAUUCUGUAAACAUGGGAAUGAACAACCGUUACACACCGGCCGUGGCUAGCAACACUUCUCUGAACCACAUUGAUAUCGAGACAGCGCGACAACAAGCACAAAGCUUGAUGACCGACGAGUUCCCUCACCUCGACAUCAUCAACGACCUGCUGGAAGACGAAAACUGCAGCAACACGGUGUUUAAUGGAAGCAUAUUCAAUUCACAAUCCCAGCUGUUCAACAGUCAAUACUCUUACCAUGGUGGUGGCAGUGCUGAUUUAGGCAUCUCAGGUGAGUUAUUGUCUAGUGGCAGGUCCAGGAGUUUUGGAGAUGAAGGAUUCCACUACAUGGCACGUGGACCAUAUGCAGAAGGUUUGAUACCGACGCAGUGGCAGAUGGCAAACAUGGACCUGUCUUUACUUGCUAUGAGGAAUAGUAACGUGGAAGACACAGCAUCAUACCAUCACACAUACAACUUUGGAUUGGACUCUACGAAUCAGAGUUUUUCUUCAGGGAUCAAUGGCUACACUGAGUUCAGGCCGUCCAAUGGUCACUGAGUGCAGCAUCAAUCUCUGCCUCUUGUGAGGAAAUGAAGAUGGAUUAUAGUUUUUUUUUCAGGUAUUUGGGAUUUGUAAUGAUUUUAUUUAAAAGAAAAAAGAAAUCAUGAAAUAUACAAUUUGUGUAAAAAGAGUUGUCUUUGUCUUCCUCUACGUUUCAAAUGAAUAAUCCUUUCCUUUUAUAUAAAAGAUAGAUUCCGCAUUUCUAUAAA